UUGAAUACAAAGCCUAUACUAUUCUCAGUUCUUCUUUUCCUGUUCUCUCUCCCUCUCUCUCUCUCUCUCUCUCUCGUUAAGGCGUUGUUGUUUCUCGCUGCACGAAAUAGAAACAAGGAAACAAACACAGAUGAUAUAGAACGCGCGCAUUUACUCUCCGGAUUCCACUUACCGUUUUGGAUCCUUCUCAAGCCCAACAAUUCCUCUCUUUUUCUUCCUUCGACUUAUUUUGAGCUAAAAAUGUGAUGUGUGUGAUACGUUUAACUUUUUUCUUGCACAGCUGCACUUUACAGGGGAUGAAUUUUCUGCACUUCAUGUUAUUGGAGCACUAAGUUACUUGAGAGUAGAGUAUUUAUUAUUUUGGAAUAGUUGACAUAAAAGGCUGGGGAAUUUUUUAGCAUUGUUUUUAUGGCUUCGAGAGUGAUUUUGCAAAGGAAAAGGAGCCUCUUGUUCAAUCCUGUGAAUCAACAUGCUCGCUUUAUUCUUGGAUUCUCAAGCCUUGGGCAUGGUCAAGCAUUUGAGUCCAGUGAUUGCGAAGGUUUGAGUCAGUCUCCCUGCUGUUCCCCGGCAACUACCGGACACAAUAAACUGGGAAGAAGCUCAUCUCCUUCCCAAAAGAAUGAUUUAGCAGCUCUAGCAGCAUCGAGAAUUUUCUUGCAUAAUUACUUUAGGAUUUCAAAUAGUGGAUUUAGAAUUGAGAUUUCUCCAUCAAGAUCCAAGUGGUCAUUCCAACAUGUGCAUUACAUUUCCACGGCUGCAACUCAUCAAUCUGGAUUGGCUAGCAGUAAUGGGGGAAAUGAACAAUCAGAUGCUAAACAGAAAAAGGAAGCUUCACCAGAGGAAUGUGAUGAAGCUGUUCAAGACUUGAGUACUAUAAAAGCUAAAGCCAAGGCUAAAAAAUUGGAAGAAUCAGAUAAGAGUGCCGAAUCUAUUAUUAAGAGCUUAUGGGCUAAGAUUCUAGGAAUUGGUCCAGCUAUCAAAGCUAUUAUGUCAAUGAGCAGGGAUGACUGGGCCAAAAAGCUUCGCCACUGGAAGGAUGAGUUUAUAUCUACAAUGAAACACUACUGGUUUGGUACAAAACUACUUUGGGCAGAUGUUAGGAUAAGCUCCAGACUAUUGUUGAAACUUGCUGGUGGAAAAAGUCUUUCUAGAAGGGAAAGGCAGCAACUCACACGGACAACAGCUGAUAUUUUCAGGCUAGUCCCUGUUGCUGUAUUUAUCAUAGUUCCAUUCAUGGAGUUAUUGUUGCCUGUAUUCCUGAAACUAUUCCCCAACAUGCUUCCAUCCACUUUCCAGGACAAGUUGAAAGAAGAGGAGGCAUUGAAGAGAAGGCUAAAUGCAAGAAUUGAAUAUGCCAAGUUUCUUCAAGAUACCGUAAAAGAAAUGGCGAAGGAGGUUCAACAUUCACGAAGUGGAGAUAUAAAGAAGACAGCAGAAGAUCUCGAUGGGUUUAUGAACAAGGUUAGGACAGGUGCCCGAGUUUCAAAUGAUGAAAUUUUAGGGUUUGCCAAAUUAUUUAAUGAUGAGCUUACCUUGGAUAACAUUAGCAGGCCCCGCUUGGUAAACAUGUGUAAAUAUAUGGGAAUCAGCCCAUAUGGCACUGAUGCAUAUUUGCGUUUCAUGCUCCGCAAAAGAUUACAGGAGAUCAAGAAUGAUGAUAAAUUGAUUCAAGAAGAAGGUGUGGAGUCUCUUUCAGAAGCAGAGCUUCGUCAAGCUUGUAGAGAUCGAGGAUUACUUGGAUUACUUUCAGUGGAGGAAAUGCGACAACAGCUUAGGGAUUGGCUGGAUUUGUCUCUCAACCAUUCUGUGCCGUCUUCCCUCUUAAUUCUUUCUAGAGCAUUUUCUGUUUCAGGAAAGGUGGGGCCAGAGGAAGCUGUUCAAGCUACACUGUCUUCUCUGCCAGACGAGGUUGUAGAUACAGUUGGGGCAACAAGUUUGCCUUCUGAAGAUUCUGUUUCAGAAAGGAAGAGGAAGUUGGAAUUUUUAGAAAUGCAAGAGGAGCUAAUCAAGGAGGAGGAAGAGAAAGAAGUGGAACAAGCCAAAGUGACAGAAUCAGUUGGUAGCAAAAGGGAUUUACCAUUGGAAGAGAUGGCUUCUUCAAAACCUAAACAAGCACAAGAAGAAGUAAAAGCAAAGGUACUGGACAAGCAGGAGCAACUUUGUGAGCUCAGCCGUGCAUUAGCUGUUUUUGCAUCAGCAUCUUCAGUUAGCAGGGAACGUGAAGAAUUCGUGAGGCUUGUCAAAAAGGAGGUAUGCACAUUGUUAUAGAAUUCAUGUCUCUCUGCUUGUGGGAAUGGAUACUGCAUGGCACAUAGUUCACAGGCAUUUAAAGUCUUGACAUUCAGAUAGCAACUUCUUUCUUGAAUU